AUGGGAAAAAAUCUGGUGACAGCACAGAUACGAGGAGAGACCCGUGCCCUGUGCCUGGGCGCAGUCAUGGUGGUGUGUUCUGCCAUCACCUACUACAUCCUGGGGACAACCAUCCUGCCUUUAUACCACAGGAGUGUAUGGACCAAAGUAUCCAACUGCCACCUGAUUGAAGCAGACAUAAGGGACCAUGAGAAGCUGGAUGGCAAGAAGGUGCCCCAGUACCCAUGUCUGUGGGUCAACGUGUCUGCCAUUGGGAAGUGGGCCAUUCUGUACCACACAGAGGAGACAAAAGAAAAAAACUGUCAGUGUUCAUACAUUCCUGAGAGCUUGGAGGACUACCAAAAAGCCAGGAUGGACGUGGAAACUAUCCGGGGCAGAUUCAAAGAGCACCAGACUUUCCCCUGCUACUCAGACCCUGAGGAGAGUGAGAAGAGCGUCCUGCUCAGGAGACUCUACACUCCCCAGACCCUGUUCAAGUGGCUCUUUUGGCCCACCUUCAUGCUAACUGGGGGAAUAUUCAUCAUCAUGAUGGUAAAAAUCAACCAGUCCCUCUCCAUGCUUGCAGCACAGAGAUAA